GGAAGGGGCGGGGUGAACGGAAGCCGGGAAGGAGAUUCGUGGUUCGCGGGGUGCGGGCGCGCGUGCGCACUCCGCAGCCCGUUCAGGACCGCGGCGCUGGCAGGGCGCCCACGAGCCGGCGGGUUGGUUGCUCCCCCAUCCUUCUUUCCCUGGGACCUGGGGUCGCGGUUACUUGGGCUGGCCGGCGAACCCUUCAGUGACCUGGCGAGGAGCGGGCCUCGCGCGCCUGGAAGGCUCUGUGGAGCGAAGAGAGGCACACAGCAUGGCAGAAAACCGUGAACCCCGAGGUACCGUGGAGGCUGAACUGGAUCCGGUGGAGUACACCCUUAGGAAAAGGCUUCCCAACCGCCUUCCCCGGAGGCCCAAUGACAUUUAUGUCAACAUGAAGACUGACUUUAAGGCCCAGCUGGCACGCUGCCAGAAGCUGCUGGACGGAGGGGCCCGGGGUCAGAACGCGUGCUCUGAGAUCUACAUUCACGGCUUGGGCCUGGCCAUCAACCGCGCCAUCAACAUCGCGCUGCAGCUGCAGGCGGGCAGCUUCGGGUCCUUGCAGGUGGCUGCCAAUACCUCCACCGUGGAGCUUGUUGAUGAGCUGGAGCCGGAGACUGAUACACGGGAGCCACUGACUCGGAUCCGCAACAACUCAGCCAUCCACAUCCGAGUCUUCAGGGUCACACCCAAGUAGUUGAAAAGACACUCCUCCACUUAUCCCCUCCAUGAUGUGGCUGUUCGCAUGCCGAGUACUGGACCUUGGACCAGAGCCAUGUAAGAAAAGGCCUGUUCCCUGGAAGCCCAAAGUACUCUGCAUUGAGGGGGGUGGUAAUUGUUUCUUGGUGAGCCCAGUUAGUGGGUCUUCCUGAGUGUGUGUGUGUGUGUGAUCUGUAACUAUUGCCAUAUAAAUAAAAAAUCCUGUUGUACUAGUGUCCUGCCA